UCUAGACUGUGUGGCGGCGUAAUUUUUAUUUCAGCCUCCUUUUUUUCCGUUUGUUGGUAGGCGAUCGGUUCAUUCAUUUAAAAGCGGUAGGACCAGGCAUCAAGUGCGUUAACUUGUACGCGAAGGUGAACAGCGUAACAGUGCUCGUCUUCCUGAACUGCAUCUGGGUGAUCUUUAGAGUGGUUCGAUAUUUCUCGUGAAGACUUUCCGAAAAACUAGUAGAGCAAUGACCUGGACCCUGACACUUCUACUUUGCAUAUCAGCAAUAUCGAAAGUGUACGGAUGCCAGAGGACAAUCUUGAGGGCAAAUGGGGUAACUUCGCAAGAGAAACAACUCAUUUUGGACACACACAACAAGAUGCGACAAAAAGUGGCGCUGGGGCAAAUCGGAGGACAACCGCCCGCCUCUAAUAUGAUGGAAAUGGAGUGGGAUGAAGAACUUGCAAACAGAGCGCAGUGGUGGGCGUCAUCCUGUCAUUCAGAGCGACAUGAUGAGGAACGACACAAUUCGAGAUUUCCCGUUGGACAAAACAUAGCGACGACAUGGACGACAAAACCGCCAUCCUCGUAUGCGGAUAUAGACUCGGAUUUUCCGGACGCAAUUCACAAAUGGUUCAAUGAAUACAAAUAUUUCAACUUUGGCGGCAUCGGACGAGGAAAAACCGGACACUAUACGCAGAUGCUGUGGGCAGAAACUAAUUUAAUUGGAUGCGGCUUCGCGUUCUAUUACGACCCUUCAAAGAGUUACAGGAAAAAUUACGUCUGCAACUAUGGGCCCGGCGGUAACGUGUUGGGACAAGCGCCCUAUGAAAGAGGUUAUCCGAGUUGUACGGACUACGGAAUGUCAGAAUCGAGUAGAUAUCAAGGACUCUGUUCAAAAGCUGCGAACUACUAUUUCGGAAUUUCAAACUUCAUAUUGGAUCGAAUCGGCCACUGACGAAGGGCGUUUGCGAGUGAACGAAGUACCUAAAGAUCUAUUUAAUGGCGUGUGAUUAAAUUAUACUGGGAUCGAUUUUUGGAUAGAAAAUCUAAGAAAAUCUUACAUUCGUAGAAUGUGCUAAUUAAAGUAUUAUUAAAUGAUGUUGUGUUUUAAACAUGUGAUUAUAUUUUUGUAAAUAAAUAACAUUGAACAAACGUCGCUUGCUUUUAGUAGAACCAAAUGGAAAACCUAACGAUGCAAAAGAAAAGAGAUCGGAGCACGUACACAUAUAUAACUUUGGAGAAAGGUCUAAUUUGAAUGUUAAAAAAGCUAUA